UCCCAUUUGGAGAUAUUUCAUUAACUCGCGCGCGCUGUCUUAACGCUGGCAACAACAUUCAGUUCCUACCCAUCUCCAGCGGAUUGCCAAACUGGUGCAGCAACUUUCCUGCAUACAUUUCCACAAGACAUGUCGUUGACCAACACAAAGACGGGCUUUUCUGUAAAGGACAUUUUGGACCUCCCUGACACGAAUGAUGAAGAAGGAUCUAUCACUGGAGCGGAGGAAGAUACGGAAGGAUCUGAGACAACAAAAACGUCUGGAGUUUUGGUGCAAAGUCCGCUCGAAAACGUUCAAAACCUGCCUUUAAAGAACCCAUUUUAUGAUAGUAGUGACAAUCCUUACACAAGAUGGCUUGCUACCACGGACAGUAUUCAAUAUUCACUGCAUGGCCUAUCAGCUAGUUCACAAGACUCCGCCAAGUCUCCGGAACCCUCUGCGGACGAAUCACCAGACAAUGACAAGGAAACUUCAAGCAACGGCAGCGACUCCGGGAAGAAGCGAAAAAGAAGAGUGCUAUUUUCCAAGGCGCAGACGUACGAACUUGAGCGUCGGUUUAGACAACAGCGAUACCUAUCCGCGCCAGAGAGGGAACACCUCGCGAGUUUGAUUCGCCUGACUCCAACUCAAGUGAAAAUUUGGUUCCAGAAUCAUCGGUACAAAAUGAAGAGAGCCCGCGCUGAAAAAGGUAUGGAAGUGACACAUCUCCCCUCUCCCCGGCGGGUGGCCGUGCCUGUCUUAGUCAGGGAUGGAAAGCCUUGUCAUACUCUUAAAGCUCAGGACUUGGCGGCCACUUUUCAGGCUGGAAUUCCCUUCUCGGCGUAUAGCGCCCAGUCCCUUCAACACAUGCAAUAUAAUGCUCAGUACAGCGCCGCCACCACGCCACAAUUCCCAGCACAUCACUUGGUGCAAACGCAACAGUGGACUUGGUGAACAAUUAGAGACUGGAAGGGCUGCCUUUUGAGAGCACGAUAGGGAGUUCACAACAAAAUAAAGACUUUCAUUUUGCAGCUUGACCCAUAGGCUAUACCAUUUUUUCGGGGCUACUGUGUGCGCCGUGUUUACAUGUUUUCGUUAUGAGAACUGGGUCCAGCCUCUCCCUAGAUUUAAGAAUGUCAAUGCUCAUGUGAAAUUUUGUAAAAUAUGUUUGUGUGUUGUAGAGAUGUUUUCUUUUUGUCCUUCGUGUUAUCAGCACGUGCAAAACCACUUUAUAAUUAUAGAACAUUUUAUUUCUUGCUUCUUUUACAAUGGACCGAAAAUAUUUAUGGCCAUGAAUAAACAUUGGCAACUUUGAGCUUUUUUCCCUUUUUGUUUUGUUUAUUUUCUUUCUUUCUUUUUGUAAAUACAUUGUGGCAAUUGUUUGCAACCUAGAAAACAUUCAGAAUCGUUUAGCUGGAGAUAUACAUAUUUCCAACUUAAAAGAAGGGUAUAAUACUAUGUGACGAAAAUGUCAUGACUGCCGUAAAAUAUCUCAUAUGGUUAUGUGAAUAACAGUUACAUCGCGCGUUGAUGGGGACUUAUCCCGUUUUUUAUAAGGAUUUUAAUAAAAUGCUGUUUCAGAAAUUACGUUUUUGGUUUGCGUGUCUUAACUACGUCCCAUGAAUUUGAUUAUGCCUGAAUAGACUGCGUAAACAUAUUAUGAUUAGCCUAUGUGAGGAUACGUGUUGCUUAAGUAACACAGGGUAGAGGUAGGCUAAAUUCAUAUCAGGCGCACUUGAAUUCUCUCUUUUGAGCCUGAAUGAAUCCGUCGACAUUUUCUGAAUUUGGACAAGUCAGUAAAAAAAGAGGCUAAAGUCACUUGUGAAAUGGGGACUAAAAUCCACUUAGGCUACUUAAUAUAAGAGGGCUUCUUCAGCUAAGAAGCUUUGAGUCAAAAGCACUCCUUUUCAACACCCCGAAUGCUCCCGCAUCGGCUACUGCUCCGAUGUUAAGUGGUAGGCUACAUUUAAAGGGUUAACAUGAAAAAGAAAUGUUCACUAAACUUUAGACUAAGUUGCGUGGCAAACAAAAGUUAAAUGAGGAAUAUGCAUACAUAUUUUGUAUAAGGGCAUAUGGGCUACAAGUUAAAGCAAUUGCCAAAAAAGCAAUUGGCAAUUAGCAAAAAGAAAAACGUAGACUUUGUGGAAUAAAGAAUAGUAGGCUUGAUUAAUUCAGUUGACUAGGGAAUUCUAUUUUCUGAAUAAGCCGGUAAAUCUCAAUAAGUAGUUACUAUAGGUUAUGAAAGACUAGUCUUAAAAAGUAUUUCCAAAACAGACACACAAUACUGGCAAGUACGAGCGCACUGCGGAAAAUUAGACCAGUUUGGUAUCUUGAGUAAAUAUGAUGACCUGUCGAAUAUCUUAUGCAUUGUUUGUGCCAAGAAGAGAAAUCUUAGAACAACAGAUGUUAGAGUCGCCCCAUUAUCAUUGAGCAAACAGCUACAUUGACACGAAUAGCUAAUUAUUUACAGAAUUCUAUCUCAAGGGGCACUGCUUUUAAAAAGAAAUUGGUUUUGCACUGAGAUAGUUCUGUAGACGUUUACAUUAUAGCAAGCUGAGAUCGGGACAAACAGUUAUUCCCCAUAUCCUCCCAAUUGUAUUAUCCAAUCGGUUGCAUAUGAUCAUUGUGUUAAACAUGAUCGAUAAAGAAUGCUCACCCUGUAUAUCCUUUAUGCUUAUCAGGAUAUUAGUUACUUCACAGUCUCCAGAUACAAAAUAACUUGACCUUUGCAGUUUCUGAACAAUAGACUCCAACUUAUAAGUUGCACUGACAGAAAAUUGUUCGUAGUUUUCUCUUAGUUGUAUUCCUAGUUGAAUCCACGUACAAUCAUAUGCGUAGUGCUAUACCAUCCACUAUAUUGAAUAACAGCGGACUGUUAUAAUUUAGAUACCUUCCAGUUAAUAAAACAUGUUGAUUUCUGUGUGGCUCUAACCCCCGUGACCUAAGAUUCACCACUGUGACUAGUUUUGUGCACUCUAUCUUUGCACUAUAUACAGUAUACAACAAAAACACACACAAAGGACCAGGGCAGGUUCUCGUGAAUGUUAGAGGCGUGCAUAUUAAGCAGAAGCAAGAGUGGGAAAGCAGACUGUGUGGAUAGACACUGCCAGAGGUUCUUGGUGCUAUUCAGUUCCUUUAUCUCGACCAGUGCAUCCCCGAGUCAGGGAGAUGUAUCCUUGGGGUUUUGUCGUGCCUGUCAGUUGGUGGCAUUGUGAUCGUUGUUGCACACGUUGUCUUCCAUAUGGACAGCUGGGCCUGGGCAAGGAGAAAAGGAUCCCUCACAAAACCCAAAUUGUGUCCAGCUCUCAAAUAAAGCAUUGUUGUCUCUCAAAGAAAAACGAAUUAAAUAUUCGUGCUAUAUCUAUUCUUGAAAAAAAGCCCUCAUUCACAGAUAACAGGGAGUCCUUCUUUCUUGAUAGAGCUAUGCUAACAACAGCCCUCUCAUUUCUCUCUUCCCCUUCUCGGUCCGCCCGAUCCUCCCCACUGAAUGACUUAUUAUUGUCUGUCCCUAAAAGUGUAUGGUCACUGUUCAGCUAAACUAUUUUUAAACUCCUAAUUUCUGUCAGUCUUGUUUCCUGUUUGCUUUGUGUAAGGGUCUCAUGCCGGCCUGUUCACAUUUCUAAGCUCCAUGGAAAAAUCUGACACCAUUUGUGAAAGCAGUCUGUACUUUGACAAGACACUACAUUCUAGAAUUUCAGACGUCAUGCAAUAAUUUCACUACAAAUAAUCGAAACGACCUCCCCAGAAAUCAGGGAAUCGAUUCAUUAAAAAAGAAACAACAUACGAACUUAAAAAUAAAUAAGGGAUCUGCAAUUUAUCAUAAAUAUUUAUGUUAUUUCAACGGAUAUUUCUUAAACAUUGCAAAACGAUUCCUUAAAAUAAUGUAAUGUAGGCCUAAUAUUGUAAAAGGCCUUUAGGCCUAAUAUUUCGAAUACAGUUUCUUCAGGAUAGCAAAUGUUUGGUUACUCGGCUGUAUUUACAAGGAUUUUUUUUAGCCACACAGCUUAUUGUAUUAUUUUGUUGCUAGAUUUAAAUAGCCAAGAUAUUAUGCUUUUGAAUCGAAAUGGAUGGCUUAUGACAUGAAGUCUCAUCGCUAAUUAUCUCAUGCAUAUCGACACGUCUGUUCAUUAUGUAUUUGAACUUGAUGCGUAGUUUGGGUUUUUGGGCCAUGUCUAGACGUAGCAUACCCUACAUGUGCCAUUUUGGGUCUUAGAAAGUGUUGAGAUAUUUCACCCAAUUUAUCAUUUUAAUGUGUCAUGGUCAUGCACAAACUGUCCUUAUAACAUCAACGUGCAAAACCUUAUACCAGCAAAAUCCCUGAGCAUUAUGAAGUUAAUCUAUGUGAAAAUAGAGAUAAAGUUUUGAAGGUGUUGAAAGGUACAAACAGAAAACAUUUUAACAACCAUUUAUUACGCGCCAUAGUUCAUCCAGUGGAGCUAAUAGGCCUACGCUUUAUAAUAGAAUACUUCAGGAAAUAUGCACUUAGGUACUCGUGGAUCUUCGUCGUCCUGACCAUUUGAACCUCGACAUAAAUCAUCCUCUAUCGUGUACAUUUCAAAAUAAACGAGGAUUUCAAAGCUAUAAUGAUGGCGGCUUUCAUUUAAAGGAAACAAUCUAGUUUUAUUGCCUUAAAGCAGAUCCAGAUUAGAUUCGCCUACCGUGACACAGUGCAGAUAUUAAAGUGAGGUAGAGGCAGAGAUAGAGAAGGACUGACACAUGAAAAGAGGAGGAUUGUUUCACCUGCUUACCACAAGAUGGAGGCAGAGAUCUAUAGAUAGUAGGCUACUAAGGUAGAUUUCACCUCGACCCUAUUGCUGUUGCUGCAUGAUAGCCAAGGCUAUAUAUAUAAAAAAACAUCAUAUGCGGAAAACAAUUGGUUUCAUUAUAUAGGCUAAUAUUAUAUGUUAGGCUAUAUUUAAUCAUAAACUUCAAGGCCUACUUUAGCAGUUAUAAUUUAAUCAAUUUCUAACCAAGCAUGUAUGUUUAAAAGUAUAAUAUUUUUACAGUAAAAAAUAUACGUUUUCUCCACUAUAAGCAUGUUGUGUAAGCUUAUGAGUCCAUCUGAGAGUUGUUUACCAACAGACAGCUCAGUGCCAGUGCUGUCAAUUAAAAUGUUUGGAAGCGUCCGCUACUUUUCAUCCAAUUAAGUUCCAGCAGUAGGCCCCUCGCCAACUGUUCCAGCCAAUCGCCUUUGGCGAGGCGGGCUUUCCACCUUACCUUAUCUUAUAAAACCAAUUGGAAUACAAAUUAGAGCUGGGUGGAAAGCGUGGAAGUUCAGACAAGAAUUGGCAGCACUGUUUAUCAAAUUUGAAUGUAUUAAUGUUAGCUUAUUGCAGCUUUAAAGAGUUUUUUUUUUAAUUUACGCCAAUAUUUUUUUUAUAGAAGUAGCCUAAGUAUGUUGUUUCAGGCAUCUGAUUAGAGUCGUGAUAGGUUGAGAGAGAGAGAGAGAGAGAGAGAGAGAGAGAGAGAGAGAGACUCCGCAGUGUGGCGCAAUAGGAUCACAAAAAAUAUUUUGGCAAAAUAUACCAUUGUAGCCCUAAUUAUUACAUUUCUCUCCUUAAAAUAAAAGCCAUUGACAUUCUGGUGGUAGACCCACUUGAUGCCCAACGCGUUUGACGAUAUUUAGAUUAGGCUAUGAUGCUCCGGUCUACCGACGACGACGACGAAAAUGAUGAAGAAAACAGUCAUUGCUGACUUAUACGAUAAUUUUGCAUUCCAGUAUGCCAAAAUCCACACCUACCGCCCUCAUCGGCUUUAAUACCCUAGUUAUCUGAAAUGGUCAUCUGUCACCCAGUUUAUUCACACUUAUUGGACAACAGCACAACAAAACAGUUUAAUUAUUCGAUUUUAUUUGUGAAAAAAGAAACAUCUAUAAAAUGUGUAGGCUACUUCACGCCUAGAUUGUCUUGUGAGCUUUAAGGUCCUGGUGUAGCAAAUUACUUGUAUGGCACUUAUAUUCACAA